GAUCUACGGAUUCUUUGCAUUUAUAGGUUCAUGUUUUAUUAAUAUAAUUUAUUCUAAUUAAUUCAUUAUUUUUUCAAUGAUCCUACUUCAUUGUUUAUAUUAAAAUAUAAUAUAUAAUUAUAUAUAAAUAUGUACCAGUGACAUAAAUUUUUUAAAAAUUAAUUUGAUACCAUUUGUAAUAUAUUAUAAUGUAAUAUACUUUUGCUGCAAGAAAUUUGACAUUUGAUGACGUAAGAAUUAUCGCCGAAAACAUAUAUUUCGUCAUUAAACGUCUUUAGUGACCAAAAUAUUUUAUAAAAAUGUUUUUUCAAAAUUGUUAAUAUGAUAAUUAUAUUUUUAUAGUUAUGUAUAAAUUAUUUAUAAAUUACAUAGAAUCAAUUGUGUUGUAUAUGAAAAAUAAAUUAUUUAAAUUAAAAAUAAUUAUUUUUAAAAUUUAAAUUAUGAUUUUUAAAAAUUUUGAUUAAAAAUGAUAAAAACACAUGUGUUAAAAAUAAAAAUUUCAAAGGGAUGAUUUUUUUUUUCACAAAAUAAAUACAUAAUAUGUUAAGAAACUUAUGUUAUUUAUAUUAUACUCUCACUUGCAAAAAUAAGCAUGCUUUAUCUAAAUGGUAUUACUAUAAAUCCUAUAUCUAAGAUGGAAUAAUUUAAAAAAGGACAACACUUGGUCAAGUAAGUUGUAGUUCACGCUAAUUACAUUUCUCUUACCCUUAACGUUUAUUUUUCAGAUACAUUUCUCUAAUUAUAUUUUUGUGUUAAUUUUUACCAAGCAAUUGAUUUUGCUCCUCUUUUAUUUAUUUUGCUAAUAUCUCCCUUUUAUAGAAAAUAAUAUUUGAUAUUAGCCAAAUCAAAUACUAAAUAUAUUUUUCCCUAUUUCAUAUGUUUAUGUGUGUGUGUGAUAGGCUUGCCUCAUCUAAAGGAUUUGGAAUAUCUAGAAUUGGAUGACUCUAUCAUCAACAACAACAUUCUACAAUCAAUUGGAGUAAUGUCUUCUCUUAAGAAAUUAUCAUUGCGUUACUGUGAACUUAAUGACACAACGUUUUUAAACCAAGGUGUGUGUAAACUAAAACAACUCCAAGAGUUAGACAUUUCCCAUAAUGAAAUCAGUGGUAGCUUGCCUUCAUGUCUUGCCAACUUGACAUCUCUUCAAUUUUUGUCUCUCUCUUCCAAUAAUUUCAUCGGAAACAUCUCUUUAUCUCCACUUAGAGAUUUAACAAACCUCGAGGAUCUAGAGCUCUCAGACAAUCUUUUCCAAAUCCCAAUCUCAUUGAGUCCAUUUUUCAACCAUUCAAAACUCAAAUUCUUUGAAAAUGUGGGUACAAAUAAAAUAUAUGUAGAAACAAAUGAUCAAAAUUUGACCCCAAAGUUUCAAUUAGAUCAUCUCUCUCUCUCUGGUUAUGCAUGCGGUGGAGUAUUCCCCAAAUUCCUCUAUCAUCAACACAAUCUACAAUAUGUUGAUCUCUCAAGCUUGAAAAUGGGAGGAGGGUUUCCAUAUUGGUUGUUAGAAAACAACACAAAACUAGAAAGCCUUUUUUUAAAAAACAAUUCCCUUUCAGGACUUCUUCAAUUACCACAUCAUUCUCAUAUGAAUUUGUCAGAGUUAGAUAUCUCAGAUAAUUUCUUCCAUGGCAAUAUUCCACUGCAGAUAGGAACAUAUUUGCCGAGAUUGAGACAUAUGGACUUGUCUUCAAAUGGUUUCAAUGGUAGCAUUCCCUCUUCAUUUGGAAAUAUGAGCUUAUUGCGAAGCUUAUACUUAUCCAAUAACAGAUUGUCGGGUACUAUACCUAAGCACUUAACCAUGGAUUGUGUCUCAUUAAGAGAAGUUUAUUUGUCUAAAAAUCAGCUGCAAGGAUCAUUGAAACAUGCAUUUUGUGAUUGCCCUGAAUUGGUUGUGCUAGAUCUUAGCCAUAACAACAUGACUGGAAGCAUUCCAUCCGGGAUUGGAAGAUUUUCUCAAUUGAGCUAUAUGAUCUUGGGUCAUAAUAACAUUGAAGGGGAAAUCCCAAUUCAAUUAUGCAAUUUGACUCAAUUAAGUUUGAUUGAUCUUUCACAUAACAAUCUCUCUGGUCAUAUUCUCCCUUGUCUAGGAUCUACAAGUAAUUCAUAUAUGCAAGCAAAUAACAAAGAUAUUCAUCCUAUGGAUGAAGCUUUAGAGUUUACAACAAAGAGUAGAUCCUAUUCUUACAAAAAAGGUAUGCUAUCUUAUAUGUCUGGAAUUGAUCUCUCAUGCAACAAUUUGACAGGCCAAAUUCCUAUCCAGAUUGGAAACCUCAAUGAGAUCCAUGCACUAAAUUUGUCCCAUAACAAUUUGAUAGGAAGAAUCCCAGCAUCAUUUUCCAACUUAAGCCAAGUUGAGAGCUUGGAUCUUUCAUACAACAACUUGCAAGGCCACAUCCCUUCCCAACUUACUGAGUUAAAUUUUUUGGAAGUUUUCAAUGUGUCAUACAAUAAUUUAUCUGGCAGAACACCUGAAAGGGUUGCUCAAUUUGCAACAUUUGAUGAAAGUAGCUAUCGAGGUAACCCUCUUCUUUAUGGAUGGCCAAUGCAAAAGGAUUGUAUUGUAAUGGUGUCUCCUCCAUCAACUUCAAGAAGUUCAAUUGACGAUGAAAAAAAUAUUUUUUUCAUGGAUAUGGGUGUUUUCUAUGUGAGUUUUGGGGUGGCUUACAUUAUGGUCUUAUUGGCAAUUGCCACAGUUCUAUUCAUAAAUCCAUAUUGGCGACAAGUUUGGUUUUACUUCAUUCAGAUUAGUAUAGACAAUUGCUAUUAUUUUAUAGUAGACAAUUUUGCUUUUUUAUCCAAGCUUAAAUUAUUUUGUAGAUAAAUGUAUUAUGUAUUUAUGUAUCUUUUUAUUAACCUCGACUUUGAGAUUGAAACUCAAACAGUCAUAUUAAUCAAUGGAUAUUUUAUACGUUCAUGUA